AUGAGCAAUUCGGGGAGCGAGUGGCCAUCCAAUCCAAGCAAAAAGCCCCGCUCCCCUCAACAGCCGAUAAAUUACUGCGAAAAAUACGGCUGUCCUGAGGUCCUGGAACUUGUGUUGGAUGCGCUUUCUCAGCCCAGCGACGGUGAGAUAAAAUUAAAGCUGCUGCAAGCAAGUGGCCAACAAGAGGCUACGGAGAAACUGAAUCAGCUCUCCAAGCUGAUGGAGGUUGGGGAAUGGCCCAAGGCACGCAUGCUAGCUCGGGAUUUGGUCGCAGACAAGGACCUUGCUGAAACUCAUGUCGCCAGCGAGCAAUUCUAUCAGUUGGUUGCUGAUGGCUCUUAUGAAGUCGAGGCUGUCUCCCUGCUACGAGAAAUAACUCAAUUGUCUCCAAACGUAGACUGGCUACGACAGAUGGCUACGGCGUUAGUGGUUGGCGGUGGCAGUUCCGGGAAGAGGCCGCGUACGGCUACUGAUCGCCAAAAAGUGGUGUAUGCUAUUUGCAGCAUGUACAAAACACCGCAGCAGCUCAAGCUCGAUGAGCUCUAUCCUAAUAGAUUAUCGUUGGCUGAGGCCCAGCAGGCGGCUAUCCAAUUCGAAAUGGAGACCAAGCUUCCACCUUACCAAUUUUGGCGCUAUACUUAUCCACAAUUCCUCGUUCAGUGCAUUUGGUGCCUAGGAUUUCCUGAUAUUGCUGAGACAGUCAGAAUCAAAACAGACGUGGACCCUCCUCCGCCUGAUUUGGUCAAGCUGUACACUCAACUGCUAGCCGGAUCCUGGCGGUCUGCUUUAGACAUCCUCGAUCAUAAUGAGGAGUUAUUCUCGUCUCCAGAACUUUAUCAUGCUGCAAUCAGAGAAUGUAUUUUGGCAGGUGUCUGCGAUCUAAUAGAUAAGGGCAAAACAAAGUCUGCGGUAAAGCUGGCUCAGCACAGCGCGGGCUCUUCAUUCAGAUCGGAAAUUGGCUUCGCCCUUUGCCAGCAUGGGCCCGCUAAAACUCCUGAAGAUUGCUGGGAAUCAAUUGCACUAGGGGUAAAACCAGUUUUUGGCAUGCUGCCGUGGGUACCAAAAGUCGUUCUCGAUAUGAGCAAAAAUUACUUUGCAGACUUAUCGUCUGGUACAAAAGUUCCAGAAUUCAGUGCAACAUGUACCCAAGUUUUGGAAGAGAGCAAGGAAGUGUGGGAUCUGGCGUACAGUGCUUGUGGCAAUUAUAUUGCCUUAGGUCUCGAGUCCGGUGAAAUCUCUAUUUAUAAAAAGACCGGUGAUACUUUCGAGCAUUUCCAUCGCGUGGCCGCACAUGAAAAGGGUGUUCAAAGUAUAGGGUUCUCUGGAUGCUCCAGUUACAUUGCCUCAGGAUCGGCUGAUAGCACCCUGUCAGUAUGGGAUGUGCAGAAAGAGCAGCGUCUAUUUUAUGUCCAGCAUCAUGAAGACGGUAUUGGGUCCAUCUGUUGGCUGAAAGAUAACAAGCAUGUUUUAAGUGGCGGUCUCGUUGGUGAAUUGGCAAUGUGGAAUCUCAAGGGAGUGUGCAUUUGGCGGUUCGUUCGAGAACGCGUGUUCUCACUAGCUUGGUUCGGCGACGAUUACAUUUUGGCUCUUGGGGUAAUCAACCCGCAUGAGCAUCAAGUCAUAUUCAAGUUCAAUUGUACCACGUGGGAAUACGUUGAUGAAAUCAGAGUGAGACGAGGUAUCGAACUUACAUCAAUGUCCACAUCGUCCCAAUGCCCCUAUGUUUUGUCGAACGACCAUUUAAACGAUAGGUUAGUAUUGUUUGACCUCAAUGGCAAGCGCCCAACCCUCUCGCUAGAUGGACCUACUCAACGGCAAUUCAAGAUCAUGUCCUCCUUUGGUGGCAAGUUUGACAAACUCAUUGGCUCGGGGUCUGAAGACAAGAACGUGUACGUCUUCAGCAGAGUACUCUGCAAGCGGAUCGCCAAACUGUCGGGACACACACGGAUUGUAAACACUGUUAAAUGGGACCCAUCGGCAAAUAUGCUGGCCAGCGCUAGCGACGAUGGGACUGUUCGAAUAUGGUCAUAUGCUGUAGAGUAG